GCUUUCAGGCAGGAAUCUUCAAGGUCAGUCUCGUAUGGUUCGAUUGUUUGAUGAGCAUUGAUCAUUUGCGAUGAGGGUCACGUUUAUACCGUAUAUUUGUUUGGAACUAACGUUAUUACUGUUUGGUGGGUUGUUGUUUUGCUGGAUUGUGUCGUGUUGGGUAUUAUCUGUAAGCAUCAUAUUGAAGGUUUUCCUCGAAACCGUCUGGCAUCAUGCUUCCGUCCGAUUGACGCCUAGUGAUGCGCAGGAAUAUCAGAGCGCGCCUUCAGUGAAGGCCUUUAUAAGAUAACGAUCAUGUAUCUUCUGUAUUUGACCUAAUUGCAUUAAAAGCAACUUUUAAAUACGAUUAACUAAUGUAUAAACGUGUUGGUUUUGUAUAAAAAGAGAGCGUUUGCCUUACCUCUACGUGAAGUGAUAAGGUCCGGUUCUAUAUAACGAAAAAAGAGCUGCAUUUGUUGUCAUUCACCUCUUACGAGUAAUUUUAUGUUUCCUCUAGUUGUACUUAUUCUGGAGGAAAACUAUGGGAAAAUGUUGAGUUAAAACCUUCCAGGAUCCUUGUUUCGAACAACUCGUGUAGUAAAUCUGAUUGCUAAGUGCAACUGACUAAAAAUAAUAACACGAGCCCUUAAUUCCUCUCCAAUGCAAACAGCACAUUACUGGAUAAUCCUGCACUUAUGCCAACGCAGAUGUUGUGAAACUGAAGAAUGGCCGCAUUUUUUCUUCGUCUGUAUGUCAAUAGGGUUUCCAAACCUAAUCAACUAUUUGAUUUCAAUUCACAAUUUUCUGUUGUUGCGCUGCGAGGAUCGCGUUUGAAGAAUUGGCGAAAUAAAUGUGUUGAUGAUGGUACAGCACGAGAAAUCGAUGAAGGCAAUCUUUGAGAAAAAGAUUUUGAUCUUAAUUUUUAGGCGAGGGCGCGUCGAUCCUGAUCUCCUACUUCUUCUCUGAUUGAAUUAUUUUUCUUCGUGAAAAAAGUGGGAUUUGGGACGAGUGAUAUAUUUCGCGUCUACAAUGAUUUUUACCCUCCACAACGCAAAUGCUGUUUGACAUUUUCUAUUUAGUGUUGAAUAAUUAUUCUUGUUCGUAUCGCGCGGCGCUUAGUGUUGAAUCAAACCCAAUAGAAAAAUAAUUCUGCGAUGCCGCGUAAGAAGAAUUCCAAGAAAUCCGAGGGUAGAUCUACCUCCACGGCUUCAUCGUCGUCGUCUUCGGGUCUCGCGCAUCAAUCUGUGGAAACUGAGGUUGAAAAUGAUUUAAAGCAAGAAACGAUUGAAGAGAAAAGCAUUCUUGAAGAGAAAGUGCCGAGAAUCGAUGCGGGUUCCAAGUCUGAAUUCGAUGUCCAUGAGUUACAGCGAGCUGAAGAAAAAUUCGGCAUUCUUGCCACUCAGAAAAAGAAGUCUAAGAAACGUAAAAGUUCGAACUCCGCAUUGGAGUCAGAACCGAUCAGUACGGAAGACUUGGCGAGUGAACCGGUGGAAAAGAUUCAAGGACAAAAGAAAAUAUGCGCGCCUUCGGUCAAGGACAAGGAGACGUCAUCGAAUGAUGACGAGAAGAUGCGGAUCGUUCGUUCCCAGCAACUCGAAUUUAAUCAGAUGACCGAUCUGCGCAGUGCUUUAUGUGCGGAGCUGCACUAUAGACUUGGACUUGCGAAGGCUCGCACUUCGGUUCCUUCUAUCAUCGCUGCGUCUGCGGUGAAGGAUAAUCGUCCUCAAGCAACGAAACAAGCAUCGAAGAAAUCGUCCCCAAAGCGUGACGAAUCUCAAGAGGAAAUGAAGAACAAGAGCCGGAAUGUAUCCGGCCCUAAGCGUGCUUCGAACAAGAGCGCAAGCAAGGAAGAUAAAAAUACUACGGUACCGAUUGCAGUCGUCUUGGCAUGCUUGUGCAGAUUGCCAUUUGCAGCUCACCGUAGUGGAAGUUUCGUGCCUCAGUUCGCGUCUGCACGUGGUCCUUUGGGAGGUGAAAGUCUGACGAGUAUCAUUGCUGGUCGACGUGAAGAGUUGCAAAGGAAGAAAGAGGAGAUGGGGGUAUCAACCGGCAGCUCCGUUAAUGAUGAGGUCAUUAAUGCUCUGAAAUCGGAGAAGGACCAGUUGAAAGCUCGUGUAACCGAGCUUGAGGCAUUGCUGAAAAAUUUGACCUUGCGUGUUGCUUCCUUGGAGGGUGGGAAGUCGGGUUCUGGAAGUACUUCUGCUCCUCCGAAGCAACCCGAUGAAGCGAAGGCGGCUGAUGACGACGAUGACGUUGACCUGUUCGGAACAGACGAUGAGGAGGAGGACGCUGCUGCAGCCAAACUCCGCGAUGAACGUCUUGCCGCCUAUGCUGCAAAAAAAUCGAAGAAGCCGCAAAUCGUCGCAAAGUCAAGUAUUCUUUUGGAUGUGAAGCCAUGGGAUGAUGAAACGGAUAUGCAGGCAAUGGAAGAAGCCGUACGUUCGAUAAAACACGAUGGACUGCUUUGGGGAGCAUCCAAGUUUGUUCCUUUGGCCUACGGAAUCAAGAAACUCACGAUUGGUUGCGUAGUUGAAGACGAACACGUAUCAGUCGAUUGGCUUCAGGAAGAGAUCGAAAAAAUCGAGGAUUACAAAAUCAUUCUCUUCACGUUUGCGACGGCGAAGACGCUUAUAAUCGUGGCGUCUCCGUUUAAAUUCAGCAUAUAUGACUUGUGCUUUAAACCUGAUGGGACACAGUUGGUCGUUGCUGCCGGAAAUCGCGUUCUAGUUUACGACACGAAUGAUGGAUCACUCAUCCAGCCCUUAAAAGCAAGAUUCUCCGUUUUUUCGUUGUCGUUCGAAGGUCACAAAGACACUGUAGUCUGUGUCUGCUACGCCAAGGAUGGUAAGCGAUUUGCCAGUGGAAGCAUCGAUAAGCAUGUGAUCAUAUGGACAUCAAAACUUGAGGGCAUUUUGAAAUAUUCGCACAAUGACGCAGUACAAUGUUUGGCUUACAACCCUGUUUCUCACCAACUUGCAUCGUGUGCCAUAAGUGAUUUUGGGCUUUGGUCUCCGGAACAGAAAAAUGUUCAUAAAACAAAAGUUUCCUCACGCGUCAAUGCCUGUGCGUGGACGAACGAUGGGCAGUACUUGGCGCUUGGAAUGGGCAACGGCACUGUGUCAAUCAGGAGUAAAGCUGGGGAAGAAAAAGUUCGUAUUGAAAGGCCCAAAGGUCCGAAUUCAGCGGUGUGGUGCGUCGGUUGGAACCCCUCGCAAGAUGAUAAUCACGACAUCUUGUGUGUGGGUGAUUGGGGUCAAGUCAUGUCAUUUUACACUCUGAGCGGAAAGUUGAUUGGAAAAGAAAGAGCCUUAGGGUUUGACCCUUGUUUCCUGCGGUAUUUCCCACGCGGCGAGUAUAUCUUGGUUGGCGGAUCCAACAAAGCAUGCCUGCUUUACACUCGUGAAGGAGUAAAGCUGGGAAACAUUGGUGAUCAUGCCUCUUGGGUUUGGUGUGCGGCUGCUCGCCCUGACUCACACUACGUUGCCAUCGGGUGUCAAGACGGCACAAUUGCAUACUAUCAACUGGUUUUUUCCACUGUGCACGGGCUCUACAAGGAACGCUAUGCUUUCCGAGAGAACAUGACGGACGUAAUUGUUCAACAUCUGAUCACCAACCAGAAAGUCCGAAUCCGUUGUCGAGACUUGGUGAAGAAGAUUGCCAUCUACAAGAAUCGCUUGGCAGUUCAGUUACCGGAAAAAGUGGUCGUUUACGAAUCGUACGUUGCUCCCAAUGUCGCUGAUGACGGUGGCGCAGGAGAUGAAAAUUCAGGACCAGAAGCGCUUGGCUCGCAGGUGGAGGAAAUGCGGUAUAGAGCCCGGGAGAGAAUCAAUCAGAAGCUUGAUUGCAACCUUCUGGUGGUUUGCACGAAUCAUCUCAUUUUGUGUCAGGAGCGUCGCUUGCAAAGCAUGACGCUUGCUGGGAAUCGUGAGCGUGAAUGGGAGUUGGACUCUCCAAUAAGAUACAUCAAAGUCAUUGGUGGAACCCCUGGUAAAGAAGGUCUACUUUUGGGCCUGAAGAGCGGUCAAGUUUUGAAGAUUUUCUUGGAUAACGCAUUUCCGGGAUUCGUUGUGGGUUUUGCCGGGUCCAAAAUUUUCUGUUUGUACAUGUACAACAUGGAAACGAUUGAAGUACCCUUGUCCGCUCCCAUGUAUCAAUUUUUGGAGAGAGAACGUUUCAUUGAUGCGUAUGAAGUUGCCUGUUUGGGGGUAACUGAAAGUGAUUGGCAGAAUCUCGGACAUGCAGCUCUUGAAGGAUUGGAAUUGAUGACCGCGAAGAAAAGUUUCACCAGGAUCCGUGAUCUCAUGUAUUUACAGUUGGUGACGUCGAUUGAGGAUCGCCUCAGAAGGGGAGAAACUGAUAGAAGUGUAUUCGUGGCCGAUGUGCUUGCGUAUGAAGGGAAGUUCACAGAAGCCGGAAAAUUAUAUAAGAAAGCCGGAAAGGAGCAAAGUGCGUUGGAAAUGUACACGGAUCUCAGAAUGUUCGAUUUAGCUCAAGAAUUUGUUGGUUCAAGCGAUGGAAUAGAUCGAAAGCAGCUGAUAAAGAAGAAGGCGGAAUGGGCCCAGAACGUCAAUGAACCGCGUGCCGCUGCAGAAAUGUUCCUAUCUGCUGGUGAAACUCUGAAGGCGAUCAAGAUCAUGGGAGAAAAUGGAUGGGUGGACAUGUUGGUUGAAGUCGGUCGAACGCUGGACAAAGCAGAUCGUGAUGGGCUCGCAUCGUGUGCCGCAUACCUCCGAAAACUUGGACAGCUCACGUACGCCAGUGAGCUGUACAAUCGUAUUGGUGAUCAAGAGUCCAUUGUCGACUUAUACGUGGAAGCCAAACAAUGGGAAGAAGCGUUUUUAUUGGCUGAGAAACAUCCGGAAUUCCGCCAACGCAUUUAUAUGCCCUACGCGCAACAUCUGGCAGAAAUUGACAAUUUCAUCGAAGCACAGCAAGCUUUUCAUCGAGCCGGUAGACUUGAUGAAGCAUUCCAUGUACUGGAGCAGCUGACUGUGAAUGCUGUGAACGAGCGAAGGUUCAAUGAUGCUUCGUAUUAUUAUUGGGUCCUUUCCAUGCAAUACCUGGAAGUUGCUGGAGAAAAUGCUGACACCAAAGACGCUAUGUUACGUGGUUUUGAACAAUAUCAACGUCGAGCUGAAGUUUACUACACAUACCACGUCGUCCAGCGAUAUACGGACGAACCCUUCACGUCGUACACAUCGGAGCAAUUGCUAAAUGUUGCCCGAUUCCUUGUGCAUUGUCUCAUGCACCCUGGAAGUGGUAACCAAAGUUCGGCUCCACGUGGAGUAUCCCGAUUUUCGGCGUUGUAUGCUUUGGCGCGCCAAGCGAAGAAUCUUGGCGCAUUCAAAACAGCGCGAUAUGCAUUAGACAAGCUGCAACAAGGUGUUCGCAUCCCAGUGGAUUACCAGGAGGCUGUUGACCUCGCUGCGAUUUCAAUACGAUGCAAGCCGUUUCAGGACAACGAUGAUCUAAUGCCGCAUUGCUAUCGAUGUUCGACGACCAAUGCCCUAAUAAACCAGCGAGGCGACAAAUGUUUGAACUGUUCACAGCCAUUCGUGCACAGUUUCAUUCAUUUUGAAAUUCUGCCUUUGGUGGAGUUCGUUCUUGAUCCAGGUAUCACAGACGCCGAAGCUGUGAAAUUGAUAGAAGCUGCGCCUGGUGCUACCGAGUUGCUAGCGGGAAGUGGUGAAAAAGACAAACGUAGUUGGAAGGAAGAAAGGUCCGGGAAUGCCCAGGCUUUACGGCUUGAUGAGGACGAUGACGAAGAGGAAAUGAUACGCAUGAGCUCUGGCAUUGGAGAACGAGAUGAAGAUUCAGAUCCUUUCUCAUCGAAAUUGCUUGCUUAUGAGGGUGGCGGAGCUGAUUAUUACCCAAUUCACGUUGGACGGAAAGCGCUGAUAUCUCUGGAACCCUCCGAAGUCAUUAUUUGCGUGUGGCCACCGCCUUUGAAAAAUCGGUACUACCGCAAUCUCUUGCCAGAUAUGUCAAUAUCGAAAUGUUCAUCCUGCAAUAGGUUAUUCUUGACGGAAGACUGGGAAUUGAGCAUUUUGCAACAUGGACAUUGCCCGUUUUGCAGAGCUGUACAGUUUACCGGAUCCGGAGAGAAAGAAUCCCCAAUUUUCUGA